CGUUCCUGGUGAAACAAGCGCGUUCUUUGUCCCCAUUGUAGAUAAGAUAAGCUCAUUAAACCAACAAGUCUGGCUGCCGAGCCAAUAGACGAAUCGCUCAUCUGGAGGAAGGUGUCUGCAGGGAAAGAAAAGGAGGAUCCAAGAAGCAAGGUCAGUGCUCUGACUUCUAAUCAGGAUGGUCGAUACAGUGGGCGCCGUUACAAAGGUCAUCGAAGUUGCGCUCAAGAUCAACAAAGCGGCAGACACGGCGAAGCAGAACGAAGUAUGCCAGCAGAUAAAAGACAGCGUUGAUAUUGUCAGUAAGACGUUGUCGCAGCACAAGAACAACACGGAGCUGAUGAACGACUUGGCGGUGGCCGCCGCACUUGAGGCCCUUGACGAAACCCUUGGCGAGGCCUUGAAGCUCGUCAUGGAGUGCCAGCAGGAGAGCAGGUUCGUGUGCCUUCGUCUCUACACGGCCGGGAACCUGUCCCAGCAGUUGAUCAAGGCCGAGCAGCGAAUAUCCAGUAAGAACAUGGACGCCAUGUUUGCCAUCAUGGGCUUCCUUUUGCCUAAAGAAUUUAAUCAAGACAACUCUGAUACUCCUUCCCGGCAGGUAUGGCUCAUGGACAACUUACACAAUUUGCAUCGCACUACUAGUCUUUCAGAGUGCUCUACUGGUAUUCGUUCAGCUCCUGGAGGGCCAUUAGAUUAGUAGCGUGCAAAGAAGGCUUGAUGGGGAGAGCUGUGAAUCUGUGAUUAAUCAUGUUCAAGCCUUUGUUUUCUACAUUCUGUUCAUUUGGCUUGUCAGACAAGCAACCAACAGUAUUUUUCUCUCAUACCAAAUCAGCACCAGCCAUCAGCUACCAGCCAGCCAGUAGAAUUUUUUUUUAAUAACAAAUCAGCACUAGCCACCAGCCACAACAAAGCGAACGGAGUAGUUUCUCCGACUAUUUCAUCAAUGGCUCAGUGAUUGCAGGUGGCCACCCUACCACCGUUGAACCCAAGAGAGUGCCAUUUAAA